GCGGGACCCGCCGUCCCCUCCCGCCGCCUCGCCCGCACGGAGCGCGGAGUGUGCAACCUGGGAAAUGUUUUUGCAAUUGAAUUAACUUCAGGAAGUGUAUUCUGGAUGAAUUGACCAGGCCUCCUAUUCUAUGAAGACAUCUCUCCUGCUGGUGACCAGGUUUCUUAGCAAGAGCAGACAGAGCUCAGCCUUCCACCAUGCCUGUGCCUCCCCCUCCAGCUCCCCCUCCACCCCCAACACUAGCCUUGGCAAAUACGGAAAAGCCAUCCCUAAGCAGGUCAGAACAAGCAGGGAGAAAUGCUCUAUUAUCUGAUAUUACCAAAGGAAAAAAGCUCAAGAAGACUGUUACUAAUGACAGAAGUGCCCCAAUUUUAGACAAACCCAAAGGACCUGGUGGAGGUGGCGGCGGUGGCUUUGGAGGAGGUGGCGGUGGCAGUGGUGGGGGUUUUGGUGGUGGCAGUGGUGGUGGCUUCAGUGGCGGUGGACCACCAGGCCUUGGAGGCCUUUUUCAAGCAGGAAUGCCAAAGCUCAGAUCUGCUGCAAGUCGAGAUGCCGAUUCCGGGGGAGGCCGCCCGCCCGUCCUGCCGCCCGGAGGCCGAUCCGCCGCCGCCAAGCCGUUCUCGCCGAGCGGCCCGCCGCGCUUCCCGGGGCCGCCGUCGGGCCAAGGACCGCCGCCCCCGACCCGCAGAGGGAGCCGCCUGCCGCCGCCCAGACCCGACGCCGGCUCCAAGCCCGAGGCGGCGCCGCCGCCGGUGCCAGCACGCCCCGGCCCCAUCGCCUCCAGCCUGCACAACCGGGGGUCGCCGCCGGUGCCGGGCGUGACCCGGCAGCCGCCUGGGCCCUCGCCCCCGCCGUUCCCGGGCCAGCCGGGCGCGGGGUCGGCCGGGCCGCUGCGGCACCCGGCCCCGCGCGACGCCCCCGUUCUCGGGCCGGCCGCGCUGCCGCCCACCCCGGGCCGGCCGGCGGAGGACAACGCGCCGCCGCCGCCCCCCGCCGGGCACCGGCCGUCCGCCGCCCGGGACGGCCUGCCCCCGCCGCCGCCGCAGAACAGCAAGCCGCCCGUGCCCGCCGCCCCCCGGCCCGCCCUCGGCGCCCCGGCGCCCCCGCCGCCGCCCCCCAGCCGGCCGGGGCCGCCCCCCGUCCCGCCCGCCCCCGCCGGCGGCGACGAGAUGCCGCGGCUGCCGCAGAGGAACAUCUCGCUGGGGUCGUGCCCGGCGCCCGGCGGGGGCCGCUCCGGACCGCUGCCCCCGCCGCCCAGCGAGAGGCCGCCGCCGCCCGUCAGGGACCCGCCCGGCCGCUCAGGCCCCCUCCCACCACCUCCUCCCAUAAGCAGGAAUGGAAGCACUUCAAGGGCUUUGCCCGCUACUCCCCAGCUGCCUUCCCGGGCAGGGCUGGACAGCCCAAGAGCUGGACCCCGACCUCCGCUUCCCCCAGACCGGCCGGGUUCGGCAGCACCACCGCCGCCACCGCCACCUUCAUCGGCUGUCAGAAAUGGCUUCCAGGAUCCAGGCGAUGAUGAAUGGGAAAGCAGAUUUUCUUUUCAUCCUCUAUCUGAUUUGCCACCUCCAGAGCCAUAUGUGCCCAUGAACAGAAGUUAUCCCAGUAAACUAGCAAGAAAUGAAAGUAGAGGUGGCUCUGUCCGAAAAGAAAGAGGUGCCCCCCCACUCCCACCUAUACCAAGGUGAAAUGGGUUCUGGCCCAUCUUUGGGCAACAUCUGUUUUCAAGUUUCCUUCGAGUCAGUUCUCCUGUCCACAUCAUUGGAAAGUUGUCAGUCUUGAUUUAUUUCCACUUUUGGCUUGUCAGCUGGAACUACUUCAGUCUCUAUUACAAAAGUAAUAGAUGCGGCUUAGGAACUGUAGUUGCUCAAAGCUAUGAAUUUUAUUUGCUUAUACUGCAGGCAUUUUGUGGACCAUACACAAUAUACGUGCACCGUGCUCACUGUGUCCAACCCUGUCCCCUGGAGAGCUCCACGGGAGGUCUGGCUUUGAAUUUGAUAGAGCUUGAACAAAGCUGUUUCAUUCACUUUGGGUACAGUGGCUGUAUUAUUUGAAUCAUGAAGUAUUUUAUGUUUAAAAAAACAGUUGCUGGGGAAAAAUGUGUAACCAAGAGGCCCUUGGAUCCUUUUUUGCAUGCCUAACUUGGCCCAUCUGCUUCUGGAGGCCAUAGACCUACUACAUGGUGGCCAAGAGUUCAUCCUUAACUUUUUCACUUCAGCUUAUCCACGGAAAUCUUAAACAAUAUGUAGCACAUCUUGCCUCAAGGGUGGAGCGUAUCUGGCCUUGUUUUCAUCUGCAGAGAAUCUUCCAAAGAAAAGCACAAGUGAAGAAUUCAUCAGCAUAAAAUCUAUAUUUUUUUUUUAAUCCCUCUUUCCUAGUUUUAAUAGUGUUAUGCUUCCAAUGACCAAAUUCUUUCCUACUCUGAUGUGGACCAACCCAGGGUCAUCCAUGCCCUGGAUUACUGUAAUACCCUCUGCCUGAUACUGCAUGCGAAGAGUCCUCAGAAAGUAGUCUUGGUGCAAAUGCAGCAAUUAUUGUCAUUGCAGGCUCCUCCUUUAAAGCAUCACUAAUACCAGUGCUCCACAGAUUGCUUUCCAGUUAUUUCUUUGGUACAAUUAAACGAUGGGGUUUGACUUAAAAAGCUUCCUGGGAUUUAAGUCACAACUCUCAGAGAGCUUGUAUUUGACUUGCGUUACAGCAGAGCAGCUGAGGUCAAAAAUGUGAAGGCCCUUUGGUGUAGUGAAGGGGGCCUGGGGUUUGUGCAUUUAAGUGGAAGCAUCCAAAAUUUGCUGUCUGCACUGGUUCAAGAGAAAUGGGAAGAUAUGGUCUUCUGAGUUUGCCAUGAAGCCUGUCCUUUCAAACUUUGCUGAGAGGAUUCUCCACAGAAAGCAGCAAUGCUUACAUUAGUAGAAAAGAGAGUGAGGUAUUCUAACAUUGUGACAAGUGGUUAAUAUGUUUAAUGGCUUUUGCAUUUUUAUAUGAGGAAUUGUAUGACUGAAUUUUACAAGUGGAUCUAAACACAUGUAAAAUGCUUUUGGAAAUUAGAGGAAGAUUAUAAUUCUGGAUUUGAAAUAUCGCUGAAUGAAAUAUUGCUCUUUGUUAAUUGGACCUCCAAAGGUUAGCUCUGAAAAAUUUCGCCUAAGUCUCAGUAUGUUUCUUCAAAGUGCUCUUGGGAUCCCUACCAAGCCUGUGUCAGCAGGCAUGUUUCACUGGGUGUUGCUCAAAAAAACCUAAAAACCAUAAAAACUAGUCAUGUAGGUUAAGAAAAUGUUUCUCUAGCAUGGGAGACAUGAUCCUAAGUACAUUCUGCAGCUAGAAUGAGGUCAAUCCUUGAAAAAUUAGAGAAUUUAGCCAGAGAGUCUGGACCCCACUGCAUUGUCUGUGCAUAAGGCUUUUUGCUCUUUCUGUGAGUGUUGAGGGGCAGAUCCCUUUUCUGCCUGACCGCCUGGACAGACACAUUGAAGGGGAUGAGACAGAGCUGGAUUUGGCCAGAUCAGAUUUAAUUUGUUCUUUCCAGUGUUUGUUUACAAAAUCUUUUUAGCUGUGAUAGAGUUUGAUUGUGUACCUGUUUUUUACAUUUUUAUAUCUAAUGACCUAUUAUAAGUUACUGUUUAUGGUCCUGAACCUGCAGUUAAAUGCGCAGGCGCAGGGAUGUAUCUACAUCUAAUUGCAGGAUCGUGGCUGUAAGAGUUUCUUAAACAGAUACUAGUGGGACCUCCAUGUGACAGGUGCACCUUGGGAUCAAACCUAGCGCAAUAUUGAAUUUGUAUAUGUAUUUUAUGGAUGUCACUUAAACAAAGUGCCUGUCUCUUUGGGAUAUUAUUAUGUGAAUAGAAGUCCAAAUAAGAUUUUUAGGAUAAUAACUUAAAGGAUAAAUUAUUGUAUUCAUGUUUUUAAACUGAAGCACUUAAAACUUUCUAAGAGACAACGUUUUGAAUUUAAGAAUAUAAUAUUUUCAGUACCUUGACCUGCCAAAUCUUUAUUAAUAUCCAAAUAGCUAUGCAGCCAAAAAAAUCCCUCAACCCUCCAGAAACUAUACCUUUUUUGAAACUUACCUGCUUCCAACAUGUUUUACUUUAAUAAGUCAAUGAAAAUGCUGCCCAUUGUUCUGCCAACUCUCUGUUUCAUUCAAAUAUAUUAUAUUUGAUCUUUUCAGCAAGGUUUUCCAACCAGAAAUCUGGACCACUACCAAAGUGGUAAACUAGCUUUAGUUUCACUUUAAAAUGUGCUAUGUAAAAGGCCCUCAGUUAACAAGCCAAGAAACCUGACCUGCCUACAUUUUAGUGAUUCUUUUAACUGUACAAAUCUCUUCAGAAUGGAUGUUUGGCAUACAUGUAAAAUAGCUUAACACUGCAGAAAGAGGCAUUUUUCUUCACCUAACAACAACUUUUCCAUUUAUAUCUUCUGCUAUAAAUGUCCCUAGAUAUAUUCCAGAACAAUGCAGCAUUUUAUCAUUCAAUAUAUUGCUUCAUAUAUCAGUAGCUAUUUACAAUAUGAUCAGUAUUAAAGUAUUUAUUUCACUAUGAAGUGUUAAAAAAGAAUAAUAUGAAACAGAUUGAAUCAAUGGUGCCUUAUGACUUUUUUAGUCAACUUUUCUGUGUCUCACUAGAAAAAUGAACAGACGUUGCUCUUCCAAGUCCUCACGUAAAUAGUGCCGACAGGAGCGUUCCACAGUGUUUGAGCCAAGCACUGCUGUUACGUGCCCAAUCGGCUCACCUCAGGUGGAGCUCAGUGAGUAGGUGAGGUGUAUGUGGGCACUGGUUAGAUUCACAGUCAGUUGUUGGUAUUGCUCUGAAAAUUUAACUCUUUCACAAAACCAGUGUCUGAGGCUGCUGUCCACACAGCCCAGCUGACUUCAGUGUGGUUGCAUAGGUUAUUACAGGACUAAAUUUGAUUCACUGCUUGCAUAUAAGAUUUGCUGGUUUUGUUUCAAUGGCCUUGCAUUAUAAACCUUCACACCUCAAACUCUCUUCUUACAUUAUCACUAAGACUCACACUGUGUUACAAUGGCCACAGAUGUUCAUUUUUGUUUAAUUCAACUCAGUAAAUAAAAUGAGAAUAACUUCUAUACCACGUGAAAAUAAUUUUUCCUCUAUGUUUUUAGAAGAAAAGCGUAUGUUAUGUUUGUUAUGACUUUCUGCACCAACCACUGGGCGAAGAGGUGACAGUGAUUAAUGUUCAGAGUUGUUAAAGGAAACUGAGCUUGUGAUUCAGGAAGCAUAUAUUUCUGUAAAUGAAAUAAAUAAGGUUGCAAAGUUCCUGUUUAGAAGCCAGCAUUUCCCAACACUAAAAGAAUCAUAAGAAUUAAUUUUUUUCUGCAAGACUGAACUGUUAAAGUAGUUCCUUAAAUUGCCACUUAAAAAACUGGACAGUAGUUACUCCCUCCAGCAACAAUUGUUUACAUGACUCUUAUAGAUCUGCCUUGGAACAGAGAAUGAAGGAACUAAACUGCUAACAUACUUUACAUAUAUUGUAACAACAAUUUCCUGUGCAGAAGUAUGGAAAUAGAAAGGGUACUUUUUGCCUUGGAAGCAAAGAAUGAAGUUGAAUGAUCAAACUGAGAUUAUUUCAAGCAGAAUGUCAACUGCUGAGAGACCUAGAGAGGGCCUCUCAGCCACAGGACAGUGGAAAAGAGAAGAUUGGUCAAAGAAAUAAAAAAACGAUUGGCUGAAUGUUGUUAUCAAUACUAGAGUAAAAGUUACAAUAUAAAAUGUGCAUGUAUGUAGUACCACACUGCGAUAGCGUGAACACCCUGGUCUCACAGUCAGGUGCAAACAACUUGUUAUGGCGGUACAUUGACUCUGUGUAACAUAUAUUGUAUGAACUUUAAUCUUUCAAACAGUAUUCACCAGAAAAUAAGGAGAAUCUCUCACCUAAGCUAUCCAGAAGCACAUUAAGUUAAGUUCAUGGAAUGGUUCUUCAUGUAUAUUGGGAGAAAACAGGGAUCUCGUAGCCUGUAAGAUGGAUGUGACUGGACCAUUCAGUUAAAAUGUAAACCUGGAACAUUGGCAAAAAGGGGAGUGUUGGAGUUACUCAGCCAGAAGCAGGGCACAUGUGUAUGGUCUCAGUGAGUGAGUAUGCAGCAGGUAGGUAUGCAGACUAAAAGAGAAAAAUGGAAACCGCAUGUCUUACAAAAGGGAGUAGCCCUUCAAUAUGCUGCCAUUUUGAAAUACAGUUUGUCUGUGAUAAAUGUUCUUUAGUGUAAACUAAUGCAUGCAGAGGAAGACAUCUAAAUUUGGACUUCCAAAGCCACACAAGAGAAAGAAGCAUAAAACAUAGGCUGAGCAGAAAGUAACAUGUUUUUAUCAGAUGCUUAAAGUUUGAGCUUUUUAUAAAAUAUUAAUCUAGUUCUGUGAAUUUUUUUUGCUUAACAUUUAUUUUGUAAGUGAUUUUGUUCUCCCUAUUUUUCUGUUC